CUUUGACGAGGUAAGAAUUGGAUAAGCAGUUUUAAAAGGCAAAUUUAAAAAGAAAGAUUGGACUGAAUUUGCUCCAAAAAGAUGCUCUCAGAUCUCCACUCAACUGUCAUUCUGUUUAUCAUUCUAUGCUUUCUCCAUAUGCCCAUAUCCCUCGGUCAAGAUGACGAGCGAUACAGGAGUUGUGGUGAGCCGUUUCAGUGCGGCAGCAUGAAUAUAAUUUACCCUUUUUGGGGAGGGAGAAAACCAGAGUAUUGUGGUCAUCCUAGUUUUGAGAUCAAGUGCGAAAGUAGCAUACCCAAAAUUGCAAUUGAAUCAACAAGAUACGAAGUGAUAGAUAUCAACACCCCUAAUCGAAUUGUAACCCUGGCUCGGGAUGAUUUACUGAGUAGUAUUUGUUUGGAUAAUCCCGAGAAUGCCUCCUUUGAUUUAAACACUUUCAGCUAUGUUUCGAGUGACCUGAAUAUUACUCUGUAUUUCGGCUGCACCGUCCGCCCUGGUUUGCAGUUACCACCUUCGUCUCCAAAUAGGUUCAAUUGCAAUAGCAGCAUAUUUGGUAUAUACACUCUGAUCAACGUUCCCUUCAACCUUAGUCUGGUAACAUGCCAGGAAGAAAUAAUAGCUAGGGUCAAUCAAACGAGUGCUGUGGCAUUAGCCAGUCCUACAGCUUCCGUGGAAGUUCUGAGAAGAGCCAUUGCUGGCGGUUUUUCAGUUAAUUGGACGGCAGGUAUUGAUUCUAAGUGCCAACAAUGCCGCACGUCAGGUGGAAGAUGUGGAUCCAAUCCAGAUUCUGGAGACUUUGCAUGCCAUUGUCUAAAUGGUACUCAUUCAAACUACUGCAACGAUGGACCAAACCACUUACCCGGUUCAGUAAUGAUUCCGACAGCUGUAAUAGUUGCCGCAGUUUGUAUCGCAGGGCUGGCCAUAAUAUCAGUUCCAAUCAUCUAUUGCCUCAGAAGUCGAGGGUCAUCCUGUAAGUCACUGAUUUGCUGGAAGAUUGAAUCACAAGAUCACAAAAUUGAAGAAUUUAUGAGAAAUUACGGAUCUCAUGCUCCAAAGAUGUACAGCUAUUCAGAUCUAAAGAAAAUAACAAGCUCAUUCAGCCAUAAAAUAGGACAGGGAGGAUUUGGUCAGGUAUACAAAGGAAAUCUACCUGAUGGUCACGCAGUAGCUGUAAAGGUCCUGACAGAAACUAAUGGUGACGGAGAAGAAUAUAUAAAUGAGGUAGCCAGUAUAAGUAGAACUUCCCAUGUUAACAUAGUAGGGCUUUUGGGAUUUUGUUACCAAGGAAAUAGGAGAGCCUUAAUCUAUGAGUAUGUGUCCAAUGGUUCACUGGACAAAUUUCUUAACAGUGGACCAUCUAGCACAACUUGUACCUUGGAAUGGACGACAUUGUACAGUAUCGCAGUUGGGACUGCUCGAGGGUUGGAAUAUUUGCACCGAGGUUGUAACACAAGAAUAGUGCACUUUGACAUAAAACCUCACAACAUUCUCUUGGACGAGGAUUUCUGCCCCAAAAUAUCUGACUUUGGCCUCUCUAGAUUGUGCGAGAGAAAGGAGAGCAUUCUAUCAAUGUUAGGUGCCAGGGGAACUGCUGGAUACAUUGCUCCAGAAGUGUUCUCUAGAGCGUUUGGACACGUCUCUCACAAAUCAGAUGUCUACAGCUACGGCAUGCUUGUUCUUGAGAUGGUUGGAGUGAGAAACAAUGUUAACAUGAACCAAACUAGUGAAGUAUACUUUCCAAAUUGGAUCUAUGAACAUCUCGAGCUGGGGAAGGACCUAAGUCUACAAGGUAUCAUGAACGAAGAAGAUGAAGAAUUAGCAAGGAAGAUGAUUUUAGUGGGCUUGUGGUGCAUUCAGACCAAGCCGUCAGAUCGACCAGCAAUAGAAAAGGCAGUUGAAAUGCUGGAGGGAAGCCUUCACUCCCUACAAGUUCCACCAAAACCUGUCUUGUUUUCUCCAACAAGAUCCAUCCUAGAGUCAUUUACAUCAACAUCCACAUCGACCUCGGAAAGGAGGUUCGUUUCUGGAGCCAAUAUCGCUUCCGAGUAAAAAACAAUUGAUGCAAAUUUGUAAGUAUAUUCAAACGAAAGUGUUGAUUAAUUUAGU